AUGGCUAAAUUAUUUAAUAGAAUAUUUAAAGGUAUAAUUGGUCAUAAUAAGAAUAACCCAAAUCAAAAACUAUGUAAAAAUACAAUACCAUUUAUAAAGAUACCAUUAGAAUAUAAUAAAAAUUUAGGUAAUGCAGAAAUUACAAAUGAGAAUAAAUUAAAUGAUGAAACACUAGUGAAUAAUUUAGAAGUAUUUAAUUUAAUUUCUGAGAAUGCCAUAUUAUUUAUAAUACAAUUGUAUGAAUUAAUUGAAGAUUUAAAUUUGCUGGAUCUAAAAGAAGACUGUCAAGAAGAAAAUGAUUUAAUUACCAGGUAUAGAAUUGAGUUUGAUGAGAAGUUCAAAGUUAUACUAAAUAAUUUGAUUUAUGUUCGAGAGAAUAAAUUUGAGAAACGGCAAUUAGAUUUAUUAAAAUUUUUAUUCAUGGAUUUGAAAAACACAAGAAACGUAAUAUUAUUAAGUAAUAAAUUGAAAUUAAAUAAUAUUAAUGAAACAUUAAAAACUAGUGUAUACCAGUACUUUAAAGAUAUUUGGUGUUUUGAAAUAUCUACUGAUAGUAAUGAUGAAUUCUUAAUUGAUUUAUAUUCCGUUAGUUUAAAAAUUUGGGAAAUGAAAAUUAUUUCAUUAAUUGUAUCAAAAGAAGAAUAA